AUGCAGCUCAAACGCAGUCUCAUUCUCAUCUUCGCGGCGAGCGUAGCCGCUAUGGUCAUACCAAGACACGACUUGGACUCGGAGACUCCUCACCAUCUCUCGAAUGCUCAUGUGGAGGAGAAGCGCGACCCCGAGUACGACCUGAAACAACUGGUGCUACCGGUCGAAGUGACGAAGGCAGAAGAGGAGAAGGUACAGGAGAAGCGCGACCCCGCGUACGACCUGAAACAACUGGUGCUACCGGUCGAAGUGACGAAGGUAGAAGAGGAGAAGGUACAGGAGAAGCGCGACCCCGCGUACGACCUGAAACAACUGGUGCUACCGGUCGAAGUGACAAAGGUAGAGGAGAAGGCAGAGCAGGAGAAGCGCGACCCCAGCUAUCACGCGCAAGAUUAG